AUGAAGUGGGAAAUAUUCACCGUUGCUUUAUUGCUACUGCUGCGGGUGGCUUCGUUUCAAGUCCCGUUCAAGCUCUCCAGCUUGUUCAGCAAUUCAGCCCCACAGCAGCAGCAGCGCCACUACACAGCAGCAGCACCAGACGAACUUCCUAUCGAUUUGCUCCAGUACAAGGAGGAUAUAGUCAUCAGAAUAUCAUACGCCAAUGAUGAAAAAUUGAAAAAGUAUAUACUUGGGGCCAAUGACAUUUCGUACAGCAAAUGGGGCCGAAACAAUCGUUUGCAAACGAUAGAUUUGCAAAUCAAUGCCGACAACUUGAUCCGUUUGCUUGAGGAGUUUCCCGCAUUGCAGUACGAGAUGAUGAUAGACGACUUGCCGCAGGCUAUUUACGAGACAUACCCCGUGGACAAGCAGCAAGCAAUUGCUCAAGACGUCGAUUUCCACACCACGACGGAGUUUUUCUUUAGAGAGUACCGGGACUUGAGCACCAUCGACUCGUGGCUCAAUCUACUCCAGGCCACGUAUCCCGAUGUGAUAAAAGUCGAGGAGAUUGGACAAACGUUUGAGCACAGGAAAUACAAUGUUGUCCACUUUUCAGUGCCAUCCGAAGAUAUCGACCACCAGGAUAAGAAGACGUUAGUGAUCACGGGGGGUGUCCACGCCAGAGAAUGGAUCUCUGUCCUGUCCACCUUGUAUGUCAUUUACGAAUUGAUUCAGCUCUACGAGUCAUUCCCAAAUUCAAAAGUGUUGACCAAGUUGGACUUUUUGUUUAUCCCCGUGUCGAACCCAGAUGGAUACGAGUAUACGUGGACGACGGAUAGAUUGUGGCGGAAAAACCGUCAGCAGACACCCGUCCCCAAUUGCUUUGGAAUCGAUAUCGACCAUUCGUAUGAUUACCACUGGACCAAGUCGUCAGAUUGGGCUUGCGGCGAAGAGUACAGCGGCGAGACCCCAUUCGAGGCGUUUGAAUCGCGGAUUUGGGACAAUUACUUGAAUGAAACCAACGCCCACCACGUUAUAUCGGGAUACAUUGAUUUGCAUUCGUAUUCGCAGGAGAUCUUGUACCCAUAUGCGUACUCAUGCAACCAGCAGCCCCGAGAUGAGGAGAAUUUACUUGAAUUGGCAUACGGUAUAGCCCGUUCCAUCAGAUUGCAGCUGGGCCAAUCAUACCAGGUGCUUCCUGCUUGCAUCGACAAAGAUGCUGAUCUCCUACCGGACUUGGGAUCGGGCACAAGCUUGGAUUUCAUGUACCACAACAGAGCCUACUGGGCUUAUCAGUUGAAAUUGAGAGAUACUGGUGGACACGGGUUCUUGUUGCCUUCCAAGUACAUCGUCCCCGUGGGGAACGAGAUAUUUGCAGCCAUCAAGUACUUUUGUAGCUUCAUUUUAAGUGACGAUCGUUAA